AUACUUUCCAUUGCAUAUGGUCAGGAAAACCGUGGUAUGGCUGUCUGGAGCAAGUCAAAGUUGCCUGUGCUUGUAGCUUUAGUCUGUUUCGUUUCAAUUCCUCUGUAUUUUGCGGUACUCAAGGCCUCUGUUGACGGCGGAUAUUCUGAAUGGUCUGAAUGGAGUUCAUGCUCAAGUGAAUGCGGUGAUGGGAAGAAAAAUAGAACAAGAAACUGCUCGAAUCCAGAACCUGGUUAUCUGGGUAAAACGUGCUUACAACAAAACCUUGGCCCAUGGCGCGAGGAAGAAAAUUGUAAAGUUAAAGAAUGUCCCAUCGAUGGAGGGUUUUCGGAAUGGACUCCGUUCUUAGCUUGUGACAAAACUUGUGGAGAUGGUGUUAAGAAGAGAACUCGUUCAUGUACGAAUCCGUCGCCACUGUAUGGUGGAAAGAAUUGUGAAGGUGUAGGGGAAGAGACGCAGGCUUGCAAUGUUAAGCCGUGUCCAGUUGAUGGGGGGUUUUCACCAUGGGGAGAAUUCGGCGAGUGUGACAAAACGUGUGGAUCAGGUGUUAGAAAACGAUCAAGAACGUGCACAAAUCCACCGCCAGCUAAUGGAGGAAAGGAUUGCGAGGGGCCGCUGACGGAGGAAGAAAAAUGCAAUACCCAGCCUUGCCCUGUUGACGGCGGGCUCACGGAGUGGAGCGAGUUUGGAGCAUGCGACAAAACCUGCGGCGGCGGAGUGCAAAAACGAACGAGAACUUGUUCAAACCCAGCUCCAGCGAAUGGAGGAAAGAAUUGUGAUGGACUUCUGGAGGAGACAAGGGCAUGCAAUUCAGAUCCUUGUCCAAACGACGUAAGCCAGGAAAAAACUAAUUAGCCUACGAUUAAAGGCCAAUGCGAAAGAGCUGUAAAAAGAGCGAUAUCUUUGUUAAACAAGUAAUGAACAAAAGAAAAUGAUUAUUAAAAUUUCGAAAAUACAGAAAUGAUCCAUGAAGCUUUUAAUAGGUGAAUACCUCUAUCAGUUUUAUGAUUUCGAAUAUUCUUUGACACUGAAAAGCAUUCAGGCCACUUUAAGUUUGGCAAUGUUAACUGAAAUGAUGCCCUUCCAAAAGAACCGAUACUCCUUAUUUUCCCUUGCUCACCAUAUACGUCGUUCAUAUAAUUAAAUAUUCAAAGUGGUUGAUACUGCAGGUGCAUUAUUUUAUGGGCACCUGUUGUGGCAGCCAUGCAAAAUAUUUCAUCGUUAGUCCUGUCUACUUGAAAGACUUUGAACAGCAGCCGAUCUUGGGACCAUAAAGCAGAUAAAGGGGUCUGUUGCAGAGGAUUUAAUAGGGGAAAGUAAUAAAAAAUUCUGAUCAGACAUCUGUCCCCUUAUUUACUUAAUAGCCUGCAUAACAGGGGUUGUCGGAGGCGAGAGUCUAGGGGGCAGGCGUGAGGCGUGAGGCGCGAGACAUGAGACGAGAGAGGAAGUCUUGCGCUUUCCCCUCGCGCCCGAGAGCGCAAAAUAACGCUUGUUCAGAGGCUAUACCAGAAGCCCAUUUGAUGGGCUCCUGGCUAUACUAAAUAGCUUAUUUGGAGGCAAUACGAACUUGUUUUUGGUGCGCCAACAGUUUGUAAUAACUUCAACAAGAAAAAUAAAUACUAUUUAUAGGAAAGUUCCGGAAUUAUACGCCUGUGAUAGGGCAUAGGACUUGUCGGGCAGCAGUGAUUAAGUGCCAGUCCUUGACAUUAACGAGUUCUGCAGAAGGAUUGGUACUCGAAUCAGGUUACGAGUUUCUCGGGCUUUCGCUUAAAGGUGAAGCCCAUUUUUUCAGAUUUAGAAACAUUUUUUGAAUCUGGGUGAUCUCUUAUAUAAGGUAUACUAUAGUCUAGUUUACCCUUACUUAACUUAUUGUGUUUCAGUGUGGGGAUCGACAUGUCAGUCUAAUUUAAAUCGGAUUAUUAUUCUGCAAAAGAAGAUAAUCAGAAUAAUAUCUAAAGUUUCUUUUGAUGCUCAUACCGGUGUUCUUUUUAAAAAGCAGGAGAAUUUAAAAUUCUCGGACAUUUAUUUAUACCAAAUAGGUAAAUUUAUGUAUCUUUUUAAAAGAGGCUUACUUCCAAAUUAUUUUCGUGAUAUGUUUACUCCUGAAAGCCAGAUACAUUCUUAUAAUACAAGAAAUUCCAGCCUUUUCUAUAUACCUCAUUGUCGAACUAAUUUUCGAAAUUCUCAAUUCGGUUUCAAGGUCCUACGUUUUUCAACUCGCUAAGUCGGGAAAUUCAAAACAGUGAAAGUAUCAGUUUGUUUGGCAAAAGAGUUAAAAAUUCCUCCUUUCUUAGUUAAAUUGACUCUUUGUUGAGCUAUAUAUACCCCUUUUCUUUUCUUUUUUCUCUUUUUUCUUUAUUUUCUUUAAAAAAUGAAUCCAAAUUUUCAUUCAGUACCCUUAACUUGUGUGGUUUACCCUAUAGUUCCAGGAAUCCUAUAGUUUAUAAGCCCCCGGCUUCUAUAUAGGCUUCCUUGCCUUUACCACAUUUAAUCUUGUAAAUAACUUAGUUGGAAUAUUGUAUAUUAUCUUAAUGUAUUUCUGUAUACUGUUGUUGUAUUUCUGGUUAAUGGCAAAAAAAAAAAAAAAAAAAGAAUGAAUGAAUGAAUGAAUGAAUGAAUGUAUAUAGGUAUGUUCCUAACCUCGUCCCCAGGGCGCUUUUCCCUGGCUUUGGAGGUAGGAAAAAGCGCCCUGGGGUCGAGGUUGGUAUGUGCCGCCCCAUGGGGUAGGGUUUUUGCGCCGUUUUGGUCUGAAAACGGGAAUACACUUUGCCCAUUUUGGUCUGGAAUCGGGUAUGGUUUUUGAGGGGCUACUAGGAGUGUAUGAACGCAUUUAUCCUUUCAAUUCCAGAUGAGUAAGAAAAAAAGAGAAAUAUGCGAAUUCGAAAUGUUUUUGAAGAAUUCUUUUGUUUGCGCUCUAAUAUAAGUAAUGAUAACAUAAUUUCUACCAAAAGCCUAGGUCUGAAAACGGGUGUGGUAAAUUAAAUUUUUUUUGUCUGAAAUACGGUCAGGAUUUCGAGAACCAGGUGGCACACCCCCACCAAGAAUUUCCAGGAGUACCCCUCCCCAGGGUGCUUGCUAUCGGUGAAACGCCGCACAGAACCUCGUCUUCAAAUGGGCUCCAGGUAUACAUCUUUGAUGGAGACAUUUAAAGCACGAAUUUAAGCAGUAAGAAUGACCGUAGUGAUCUUUAGAUUUCUUUUCUAAUAUAUCAAAUUGUUUGUUAUCUAUUGUCAAUAUUAAGCUUAUUUCUGAGCGAAGACAAUUGCUAUUCUUUAAAUGUUUUGGAACAGAGUGACGAAGCCCCUCCCAAAUUAGGUAGUUAAUCUUGCUAAUUUUAUUUGAAACAAUAGUAAAAGAAUUUGUGGUGUCUAAUUCAAACAAAAGAUCAUUUACGAAAAUGACAUCUUGUUCAAAAACUGUUUUUUUUUUUAUAAAAAACAGGCUUAUUAUCGACAAGUAUCUCUUUGUUAUUCCACAAAAUAGAUUGACAUUCUCAUCUACUAUCGAAAUGUAAAACGGUAUUUUUGGGUAUAAGUUAAUGCCGAAAUGAAAAUACUUUUAUCGAAUAAGGAACGUUAAUGAAUCAUCAAGCAUUGCUAUUUUAAUAUAUUUUAAUUAUUAUUGUCACUGCGUGGAGUGUUUUGAAUUGUUAUAUAAAUACGUUCUACUAGAAUGUACUGGGCUUACAAAAGCUAUUUGUUUUUCGUUAAUAAGGUUUGGCCUUUCUCUGUAAAGAUGCUCUUUUGGACGUCGGUUUGUCUUUGCACACGUGCCGCUAUUCAAUCAAGAAAAAAUGCUUUUUAAUUUGUGUAGACUGAGCCCACACAGAGGUUCUUAAUCUAAUUAGUUCUGGUAAAUUUAACGACAUUUGUUUGUUAUCUUACAUUAAUUGGCUUAAUUGGUUUUUCCUAAAUCUUCAGAAGCUUGACCUUACCAAGUUGUCUUUUCCUGGACAUUCCUAUUUUUACUAUCUUUCGCGUAUUCAGUGGUUUGAUAGAAACUUCAGUGCGCUUCCAAAAGAAAACCUUGUCCAACAGACUAUCUUAGUUAACUUGUUGUGAUAAACAAGCUUUUGUUAUACUGCCUAGUUCAAUUUACUUCCUAAAAGUUGUAACGAGUGAUAUCUUUGUUUAAAGGCUUUCGCACUGUAAAUAUCUUGCUAAUUGAUUUUUGACUAGGGAUUUGUAAACAAUCUUUUAGUUAAUAUAUGGAAAAAAGCGGGACUAAUUACCAUUGUACGAUAUUCCAACAAGAAGCUUUUAAACGACAACUUAAGCACUGUACGCGAAUUGACAAAUUGAACAUUUUAGAGUAACGAUAUUGUACAUAUGUGAUUUUCAUUCAUGUAAACAUUCCUUGUAAUUUUUUUGUCUCUCUGACUGUUUUGUUUUGACUGGACAAUUGUUGGACAAAAGUGAAUUUUGGAGUUUUAACUGAUUUUCCUAUUACGACACAACCUCGAAGGAAAAUAUGUUAAAAAUUCUUAUAGCCAAUCGAAUUUUUACUGAUGUAAGAUUAUUUUAAGUUUGAGUAAGAUUGGCAGCCUUCAGAUUCAGUCAAGAUAAAAGGCCUUGAUUGUGAAAAGUUGAGCAACAAGUUAUCUACAUUAAAGGAGCUGUGUCACGAAAUUCAGCCAAAUUAAGAAAUUACAAAAUGCCCGUUAAAUUAAGAAAAACAUAAAAAUAACCGCUUAAAACUUUAAAGGAAGGUUAAAAUAAAAUAACAGAAACAACAGAUGCCACGGAUGGGCAAAACUGAAGAAGAUUGAAACGGAUUCAAAUCAGGGUUUUUGAAAACUGUUCAGCCCAACAAUUUUUCAAGGUUGAUCCCUGCUGCUUGCAACUUCAAAAAUAAUGCUCAGGAGACAUAUUUGUUUGUCUCGGAUCUCUGAUUUUGUCAUUUCCAUGUAAUUUCUUUGCUUACUUUAAGUUCCAUAAAGAUUGAGGGCGAGUAAUUGGCAAAAUUAAACAAAAUGAACUGGACUGCCGUGACACAACCCCUUUAAAACAGUUUAAAGAGACAAAAAGUUUCAGUUCAUUGUAGAGGAUUACUGUUCCCCCAAGUUUCCUACUACAGAAAACAUUACGAAAAUCACACCACCAUUGAAGUAACUCGGAAUAGAAUUUAGAGGAAAUAUGUACCUCUUUAAUGUCAUAAUUACAAUGAAAUAAAAAGAGGCCCCCAAAAGCUAGGUUCCAACGAAAACCGUAACUAGCUUCUCCAAGCACCAUUGUUGCAUUGGAAGAUCCUUUUCAGCCAGGCCUGUCGUAAAGAUUUAAUCAUCAGUACUUUCCAGAUCGAUCAUUUUUAAACCACCGUUUUCAUAUUCGUUAAUUGUGGAAAGUCUUGUCACUUUAUCGGUUCCUUUCCACAAAAAUUUAAAUAUCAUUUGAUUUAACUCUUUUACAAUUUCCUUGAGGACCAUCAGAAGCCAGGAAAUGAAAACAAAUUUUGGAAUGAUUAAAGACUUGAUAAUUGUUACUUUUCCAUAGAUAGAAAGACCUCUUGAAGACCAAAUGUUUAUACGUUUUUUGACGCUGUCCAAUCUCUCAAUAAAAUUUUUUUCGUGCAAAAGUUUGAUAUCGUAUGAGUAAUAAACACCAAGGGCUUUGAUUGGUUCAUCAGGCCAUUUUAUACCAAGUUUUAUCUCUAGACGACCCGAUCCACAUUCCGUCAGUUUAGAUGAGUUAAUUACAAGUCCUGAUAAGUUCUUGAAUACUUCGAGAAGGUUAAAAAGGGCCUGUGCCGAGUCAAUGUCAGACAGAACAGCCGUUGUGUCAUCAGUAUAUUGAAAGAGUUUUGUUUCUUCGCCACCGAUUUUAAUACCAAUUAUCUCUGGAUUUUGACGAAUUGCCAAAGCAAGAGUUUCAACUGCAACCACGAAAAAAUAUGGAGAAAGCGGAUCACCUUGCCUCACGCCCCUUUCCAGAGAAAAAAAGUCAGUCGCGAGACCAUUGUUGAUAAAACAACUUUCAAUAUUGUGGUACAGUGUUCUUACCCACCAAAUAAAUUCAGGACCAAAACCAAAGGCUUCUAAACAGCUGAAAAGAAAGUUCCAUUCUAAGCUGUCAAAUGCUUUUUGGAAAUCUAUAAAUAUCAUUGAACCUGGAAUAUUUUCUUUUAGAUAGAAUUCCAUUAAAUCAAAGAUCGAUCAAAGAGUUUCACCUAAUGCGGUCCUUCACGAAACCACAUUGGUUAUGAUGAAUUAUACUUGGUAGGACGUUUUUUAUCCUGGUAGCUAAGACUUUAGAGAUAAUCUUGGCAUCAACGUUGACAAGUGAGAUCGGUCUCCAGUUUUCUAAAAGAGAACGAUCCUUUCCUUUCUGUUCACUGAUGGAGAGUGAUCACCGCCUGUUUCUCGGAGCGUGACAUUUCACCACUAGCGAAAAUUAAAUCUCGUUGACACAGUUGACGAAAGGUUCGCUAAUAAUUUCCCAUAAUUUACUGUAAAAUUCGAUUGAAAGUCCGUCAUUACCAGGAGCUUUGUUACCCUGAAAACUUUGUAAAGCUUUAACACACUCCUCCUCCGUAAUGCUACCUUCACACGAAAGCUUUUGUUCAUCUGUGAGGCGUGGGAUAUUUAAACUAUUGAAAAAAAUUCCUGUUGCUUGCUCGUUACCCAAACGGAUCGUAUAUCAGUAGUGAUCGAACCAUUAAUCUUCAAUUUUCGCACAUGUUUUUGACAUGGUCCCUUUUCUCCAGAUUGAGAAAAUAUUUCGUUCUCUUUUCACCGUGUUCACACCAUCGCGCUCGUCAGGUGCACCCAACGAGAAUAUAGUUCAAAACAUAGCAUUGUUAAACGUAUUUUAGUAUUUAAACGAUAGAUAUAGGAAUAUUUUAAUUUUAUCCCCUAGAAGAUUUUCAUCAGUUCGGAUUUCCUAGCUGAAAGUCUAGUGAUCUGAAAAUUAUAGGGAUCAAAACUGACCUAUUCGAAAAUUUCAGCCAGAAAAAAGGCUCCCGAAAAUUCUAGGUGACCUUUUUAGGGUAAAAAUCCGUUAAAAAUGGGUAAUUAUACCAUUUUUUUGGUGUUCGAAAAUUCUAGGAGAGGCAGGCAAGCAAAAAAUUUUACAACAAAUGUUCAGAAAAUUUUAGAUCUGAAAUCGUCUUCCGAACAGAUAUUUUCCGAAAAACUGACGUUGGGUGCCCCGGCCUGGCCCGUGCACGAAUGAUGAUACCUUGAAGUUUUUCUUCAUAAAAAUGUUCCAAUCUUUCUUUUGCCGUAUUAGAGGGUCCUGAAGGGGUAAAAUGGGAACUGGGAUUGGUCGGUUUUUGCCCGGGAAAAAUGGGAUUUAAGCCACUGGGCCUUGGAUUUGGUCACUGGGAAUGGGAAUAAAAGGUCAAAAAUGGGAAUGGGAUAAAUAGUUUGGAACCAUGACCAGUCGAGGCAUCACUUAUUUCCUGGAGUUAAGAAACGUCAGAGAAUUGCUAAUGCACCUUGUUCUAGUCAAUUUUUGCAUUUUUAUCUAGGUUUCCCCCGAAUGGCCCCGAUUUGCGUGUCAACGAUAUUUGUGUACAGUGGUGCGUGUAAAACCAAAAGUCUGCAUGGCAUGUGUAUUUGAAUGAUACAAGCAACAUAGCCGGAGCUACGGCGGGAGCAGAAUUGACGACUCGCAUUGUUGUCGUAACGUAGAAAUUAAGUACUUUUGUACUAAAAAUGUAGUUAUACACACAGAAAACUGCAAAUUGAAUUUACCGUUAGAUUGUUCAACAACUCAGAUGGAGAAAAAUAUACGAAGAAUGUGUGGCAUUGUUAAAUCGAGUAGACGAAGGGGAUUCAGGAAUGGCAGGAAUGUGAAGUGGCAGGGACUAAUCGCUAUAAACUCGCUACUUGAAAGUUUUAUUAGCCUGCGUAGCAAGCGUUUCCGUGCGAUUUAGGAGCAAAGAACAAGCGGCCAAAACCGGUCUUUCUUUGCUCCGAAACCAAAUGGAAACGCUUGCUACACAGGCUAAAGUUUUAUUACUGUUUGAAAUGAUCCUGUUAUCUCCAGAACAUCUUUGUAAAUCCUUGUGAAUUUUUGGGUCUUUGUUGGGUCGUAUUUAGAAGCCGUAAUUUUGCAGAUGCAAAGCGAAAAGAGGUGGUAUGUAUAACACUGGGAUUUUUUCCAAAUCCUGCUAGUGGGAAUGGGAUUUGAGCACUCGGAAGUGAGAUUUCGAAAAAAAAUGGGCUGGGGGUGGGACUGGUACCCCCCCCUUCCCCCUUCAGGACCCUCGUAUUAAAAUCGCUAGCAUUUUUAUUGGUAGGAUCACAUUCAAACGUUUGCUUUGCUUUGUUAAAUUCAUCUUGCAAUAUGUUCUCCUUAUCUUUUUUCCUUUUGCUUUACGUUUUGAAAACUGCACUGCAUGUGCUCUAAGAUGAUACCAAGAGCCAUAAUGGCUCUUGACAGAAACUCAAAUGAGUUAUCAACCCCUUAUGUAGCCUCCCCGCAGACGUCCUUUGGGGUUCGUUUGUCACGCAUUCAUUUCUCCCCCACGGAGGAGAAAUGAAUGCGUGACAAACGAACCCCAAAGGACGUCUGCGGGGAGGCUACCCCUUAUGAGUUUCUGGUUAUACUUAAGGAGGCUCGAUACAGUUUUCCAGGACCAAUACCUCCCAAGUUUGAGCAUAAACUACGUCGCCAUAAACAAAGUUUUGAAAAAAUUGCCACCACAGUUGUAUUAGAUAAAGAUGAAAAUUUGUUAUGAUCAGGGUUGCAACUGCAUCGGAGUUGUCAUAGCAACGAAAUGACGCUAUUACCUAUUUUACUUGCAGCAGUAUAUCUCGGCACUAGGAACUGUUCUUCCAAAAUCGUUCACGGGAGCUUUUUCCUCCAAUAGCGGCCUCGAUGUUUGUGAAGUUUAAGCGAAAUCUGUAAGAGCGUUAUCGAGAUAUUUUGGGGUGAAGUUUUUAUGGUUAGAAACACAGUAAAAAAUGGACAAUAUUGUUGUUUGGCCGUUAUCUGUAAAAUUUGAAGAGCUUUUGACAUGCAAUUUCACCUCAUAGUAGUUUCAAUCUUUUCAAAAACGUGUGUGAAAGAUCAUUUAGAUAGCUCCAACCGAUUGCUAGAAAGGAGGGUUUGAUUAGUAUGUAUCGAAGCGCUCUUGUUAGCGGUUUUGUAAACAUUUUGGUCUUCUUUAUCAAAUUAGCGAAUAAUUUUUAAACCGCUCGAUAGAUUUUUUAAAAAAUUUAAGAUUCUUGAGAUUAACCUUCCUUUUAUAUGACCUUUUACUUUCAAGAUUAUUGAUAUAUUGUAAGGCAGUAAAACAAGGGCUACAAUUCGCUAAUAUUUUGGCUGAAAUUUUGUGUUUACAAGUGUGAGCCUCUCAUUAUUCAAGGUAUUGUCUCCAAGUUUCAUAUUUUCGUGCACAACAAUAGCUAGCAGUUUUGCAUAUGUCAAAUGCAUUGUUAGUUACUGCUGUUCACGUGAAAAUGAAACUUGGAGACAAUGCCUUGAAUAAUGAGAGGCUUUCUCUUGUAAUGACGAGACUUCCAAUAAAAAAGUAUCGAAUUGUAGCCGUUAUUUUACUGCCUUACAAUGUAUCAACAAUCUUGAAACUAAAAGGUCAUAUAAAAGGAAGGUUAAUCUCAAGAAUCUUAAAUUUUUUAAAAAAUCUAUUGAGCGGUUUAAAAGUUAUUCGCUAAUUUGAUAAAGAAGACCAAAAUGUUUACAUAAUCGCUAACAAGAGCGCGUCGAUACAUACUAAUCAAACCCUCCUUUCUAGCAAUCGGUUGGAGCUAUCUAAAUGAUCUUUCACACACGUUUUUAAAAAGAUUGAAACUACUAUGAGGUGAAAUUACAUGUCAAAAGCUCUCCAUUUUUUACAGAUAACGGCCAAACAACAAUAUUGUCCAUUUUUUUACUGUGUUUCUAACCAUAAAAACUUCAUCCCAAAAUAUCUCGAUAACGCUCUUACAGAUUUCGCUUAAACUUCACAAACAUCGAGGCCGCUAUUGGAGGAAAAAGCUCCCGUGAACGAUUUUGGAAGAACAGUUCCUAGUGCCGAGAUAUACUGCUGCAAGUAAAAUAGGUAAUAGCGUCAUUUCGUUGCUAUGAUAACUCCGAUGCAGUUGCAACCCUGAUCAUAACAAAUUUUCAUCUUUAUCUAAUACAACUGUGGUGGCAAUUUUUUCAAAACUUUGUUUAUGGCGACGUAGUUUAUGCUCAAACUUGGGAGGUAUUGACCCUGAAAAACUGUAUCGAGCCACCUUAACCCAGUCCCAGAAUAUUUCAUGAACGCUACAUGAGGCAUCUUUCGCACUAAAAGGGCCUUAGCAACCACCGCUUCUUCAAGCAAAAAUCAAAAUUAAGACUUUCUGCAUUGUUAAUCAUGGGUGUUAGUCGAGGAAGACUUCCUACUCUAAUUGCUCUGGUCUGUGCCGUAGCUAUUCCACUAUAUUUUAUCGUCAAGAGAACUUCCCUCGAUGGAGGAUAUGGUGAAUGGUCUGAAUGGGGACGGUGUUCGAAAGAAUGCGGAGAAGGAACGAGUGAACGGCAUCGCAAUUGUUCGAAUCCUACACCUGGAUAUUUUGGGAAAACUUGUUUGGAACUAACACUUGGUCCACCAAUUGAAGAAAAACAGUGUAAAGAUAAAGAAUGCCCUAUAGACGGCGGCUUUUCGGACUGGGGUGCAUUCGGAGAGUGCAGUAAACCUUGCGGAGACGAUGGCGUUAGGAAAAAAACACGUACGUGUUCCAAUCCACCGCCUCAGCAUGGCGGCAAAGACUGUGAAGGACCGGCUGAAGAAACAGAAGCUUGCAAUAUUAAACCGUGCCCCGUAGAUGGAGGUUUCACCGACUGGACACCUUUUGGCGAAUGCGACAAGACAUGCGGCCCAGGAGUGAAAAAGAGAACAAGAACUUGCACAAAUCCUCCCCCUUCCCAUGGUGGAAAGAACUGCGAGGGACCGGUAGACGAGGUGGAGGAAUGUAACGUCAAGCGUUGUCCUGUUGAUGGUGGAUUCACAGAGUGGAGCGAGUUUGGACCCUGUGAUAAAACGUGCGGUGGUGGCAUGCAGUUUAGAACGCGAAAUUGUACAAACCCAGCACCCGCAGAUGGAGGGAAAAAUUGUGAUGGGCUAAUACGAGAGACGAAAGAGUGCAACUCUCAGACCUGCACGAAAUAG